GCCUCCGGCGCGCGCCCCGGCGCUGCGCCGACCGCGCUCGCGCCCGCGCAGGGGCGCGCCUCAGGGCGGGCGCCUCCCUCUCACUCCCUCGGCUGUGAGCGCCGGCGGUGGCUGCCGGAGAGGCCCCUCCUUCUCGCCCCGCUCCAUUCCCUCGCUCGCGGCCGAGCGGGCUCCCGACCCUCCGCUGGCCAUGGCCGGCAACGUGAAGAAGAGCUCGGGCGCCGGCGGCAGCGGCUCUGGGGGCUCCGGAGCGGGCGGCCUGAUCGGGCUCAUGAAGGACGCCUUCCAGCCGCACCACCACCACCACCACCACCUCAGCCCGCACCCUCCCUGCACGGUGGACAAGAAGAUGGUGGAGAAGUGCUGGAAGCUCAUGGACAAGGUGGUGCGGUUGUGUCAAAACCCAAAGCUGGCGCUCAAGAACAGCCCACCGUAUAUCUUAGACCUGCUGCCUGACACCUACCAGCACCUCCGCACUGUCCUGUCGAGAUACGAGGGGAAGAUGGAGACGCUUGGAGAGAAUGAGUAUUUCAGGGUGUUCAUGGAGAAUUUGAUGAAGAAAACUAAGCAGACCAUCAGCCUCUUCAAGGAGGGAAAAGAAAGGAUGUAUGAGGAGAAUUCCCAGCCUAGGCGAAACUUAACCAAGUUAUCCCUGAUCUUCAGCCACAUGCUGGCAGAACUGAAAGGCAUCUUUCCAAGCGGACUCUUCCAAGGAGACACUUUUCGGAUCACUAAAGCAGACGCUGCAGAGUUCUGGAGAAAAGCUUUUGGGGAAAAGACGAUAGUCCCUUGGAAGAGCUUUCGACAGGCCCUGCAUGAAGUGCAUCCCAUCAGUUCUGGGCUGGAGGCCAUGGCUUUGAAGUCCACUAUUGAUCUGACCUGCAAUGAUUAUAUUUCUGUUUUUGAAUUUGAUAUUUUUACACGGCUGUUUCAGCCCUGGUCCUCUUUGCUCAGAAAUUGGAACAGCCUUGCUGUAACUCACCCUGGCUACAUGGCUUUCCUGACGUAUGAUGAAGUGAAAGCUCGGCUCCAGAAGUUCAUCCACAAACCCGGCAGUUACAUCUUUCGGCUGAGCUGUACUCGUUUGGGUCAGUGGGCUAUUGGGUACGUUACAGCUGAUGGGAACAUCCUGCAGACAAUCCCACACAAUAAACCGCUCUUCCAAGCACUGAUUGAUGGCUUCAGGGAAGGCUUCUAUUUGUUUCCUGAUGGAAGAAAUCAAAAUCCUGACCUGACAGGUUUAUGUGAACCAACUCCUCAAGAUCAUAUCAAAGUCACCCAGGAACAAUAUGAACUAUACUGUGAAAUGGGCUCCACAUUUCAAUUAUGUAAGAUAUGUGCUGAGAAUGAUAAGGAUGUGAAGAUUGAGCCCUGUGGACACCUCAUGUGCACGUCCUGCCUCACGUCGUGGCAGGAAUCAGAAGGUCAAGGCUGUCCUUUUUGCCGAUGUGAAAUCAAAGGUACUGAGCCCAUCGUGGUGGAUCCAUUUGACCCCAGAGGCAGUGGCAGUCUAUUAAGGCAAGGAGCAGAAGGUGCUCCUUCCCCAAAUUACGACGACGAUGAUGAUGAACGAGCUGAUGAUUCUCUCUUCAUGAUGAAGGAGUUGGCAGGUGCCAAGGUGGAAAGGCCUUCCUCUCCAUUCUCCAUGGCCCCACAAGCUUCCCUUCCUCCAGUGCCACCAAGACUUGACCUUCUACAGCAGCGAGCACCUGUUCCUGCCAGCACCUCUGUUCUGGGGACUGCUUCCAAGGCUUCUUCUAGCUCCCUUCAUAAGGACAAACCAUUGCCAAUACCUCCUACGCUUCGAGAUCUUCCACCACCACCCCCUCCAGACCGGCCUUACUCUGUUGGAGCAGAAACAAGGCCUCAGAGACGCCCCCUGCCUUGUACUCCAGGCGACUGUCCAUCUAGAGACAAACUGCCCCCUGUCCCCUCUAGCCGCCCAGGGGACUCAUGGUUGUCUCGGCCAAUCCCUAAAGUACCAGUAGCGACUCCAAACCCUGGUGAUCCUUGGAAUGGGAGAGAAUUGACCAAUCGACACUCACUUCCAUUCUCAUUGCCCUCACAAAUGGAACCCAGAGCAGAUGUUCCAAGGCUUGGAAGCACAUUUAGUCUGGAUACCUCCACGACUAUGAAUAGCAGCCCAGUAGCAGGUCCAGAGAGUGAGCACCCAAAAAUCAAGCCUUCCUCAUCUGCCAAUGCCAUUUACUCUCUGGCUGCCAGGCCUCUUCCUGUGCCAAAACUGCCACCUGGGGAGCAAGGGGACAGUGAAGAAGACACGGAAUAUAUGACUCCCACGUCUAGGCCUGUAGGGGUUCAGAAGCCAGAGCCCAAACGGCCUGCAGAGGCAGCCCAGAGUUCACGAGCCUGUGACUGUGACCAGCAGAUUGACAGCUGCACAUACGAAGCAAUGUAUAACAUUCAGUCCCAAGCACUAUCUGUAGCAGAGAACAGUGCCUGUGGAGAAGGGAAUUUGGCCACAGCCCACACCAGUACUGGCCCGGAGGAGUCAGAAAACGAGGAUGAUGGCUAUGAUGUACCGAAGCCUCCUGUGCCAGCUGUACUGGCCCGCCGGACCCUGUCUGACAUCUCCAAUGCCAGCUCCUCCUUUGGCUGGUUAUCUUUGGAUGGUGACCCCACAAACUUCAAUGAGGGUUCCCAAGUUCCUGAGCGGCCUCCCAAACCAUUCCCUCGGAGAAUCAACUCAGAACGAAAAGCAAGUAGCUAUCAACAAGGCGGAGGUGCCAUGGCUAACCCUGCAGCCGCCGCCCCCUCACCGCAGCUCUCAAGCGAGAUUGAACGCCUCAUGAGUCAGGGCUAUUCCUACCAGGACAUUCAGAAAGCGUUGGUCAUUGCCCACAACAACAUUGAGAUGGCCAAAAACAUCCUCCGGGAAUUCGUUUCUAUUUCUUCUCCUGCCCAUGUAGCCACCUAGCACAUCUCUCCGUGCCAUGGCUUCAGAGGACCCAUGAGCCAGGCUCUUACUCAAGGAGCACCUAGGAAAGCAGUGGCUUCUUUUGGGACAUCACAGUGAGGUCUUGCCUUUUCUGUGGGGAUCGACACAUAUGGUUCCAAGAUUUCAAAGCAGUGGGAUGAAAAUGGAGCAGCUAAUGUGUUUCAUUCUUGUAUUGGUCUUAAGAGUGUGUUCGUAGUCCUGCAGUCUCCAUUAGGAGAGAGUGGGUUUUUAUUAAAUGGUAACCUACCCGAGGAGCAGCACAGAAAGCAGUAGAAGUGCUGUGCUGUAGCCCUAGUUAAAGACAUAAGACUUUCCUGUUAAGGGUGUGUGUCUCUGUGUCUGUGUGUCCUGUCAUUAUAAGAUUAUCCUGCUGUGUGUGAAUCCAGGCAGGGAGUUAGCACAAGAGCUUCAGGAAGGAGACUCUGAAGACUCCCAUCUACUGUGGUAUUGCACCUAGCCCUGCUGGAUAUUACAACCUCAGUCCUUCCCGUUGGCUUAGAUUAUCAUGGCUAUGGUUUAUAUUGUUAGAAUACCCACUGUCCUUUCCCUUGGAAACUCCUUACUCCACCUCCUCCUCAUUGCUGUUCUGUAGGCUUGCUGUGACCAGUCUUACUGAAACCAAGCAGCGUAUAGGAUGGCCUUUCUACUGUGUGAUGGCGUUGGUUUGUUUGGUAGAAUAGGUGGGAAGGAAAGUACUGUUCUGUGGUUACAGUUAUAAUUGAUGCUAGCACCUAACACUGGUCACUCCAAAGUGCUGUUUCUAUAGGAAUAUUGAAUUUGUAUUAAAAAAA